UUCGUAGAAGCAGAUAUUAAGAUGGAUGCAGCUCAGUUUCAAUGCAUGGUGGAUCAGUGCGGAGCCCUGCGUCGCGACCAUGGUGACGACUCACGAACGGCACAAGUGAAUCAACUCUUCCAACAGAAUAAUCAACUGCUACGCGCUUGCGAUGAACUGAUUGAUCAUUUUAGUGCUGUGGCUACCCAAUCUGCUAAAUGGAAUGCAGCCUGUCAGGAUUUUGUUGACUUUACCGAUAGGCAGGCUUCCACAAUAUCCAGGUUCAAUAAUUCCUCAAUAAAUGCCAUCCCGACUGAACAGUGUUUGGCUGAUCUGAAGAAAGUACAGGUAGAGCUAGACACCAGUGUUGCUAAGCGACAAUUGGUGGCAGAUGAGACACAAAAGUUAACAGUUACGCUAUCACGAGCAGUGCACUCUCUCGAUUCCAUCUCAGUGCUCAUUCCAGCAGGUUCUACUCGCGUCUACCCAAGUCACAGCUUCAGACUAUCGGUAAAUUACCGCUGGCAUGACAUUGUUAUGUCAGCAGUGAGGAGUUUGGAUAGUAUGGUGAAGGAAACGCCAAAUGUAAGUUGUCACUUUGAAAAGAAUGCUGGCUUAAUAAAUCUGGUUGUUAUAGAAAAUAGCUGA